UUCCGUCCCCGAGUCGCGCGCGCUCCCUGGCGACGCUCGGGACAGGGUUACCGCAGGGAGGCGUUUUGCAAACCGGAGCAGAGGGGUGGCUUUCGGUUUUUUGGGAAAAGGAACUAGAAACGACUUUGGCAACCGUGCUCGGGUGGUCAGAGGACAGAGAUGUAGCAAAUGGCAGGAUUUUUGCAGCCACCGGUUUUCCCGCCUCUGUUUCGCGUCGUGUGCCUUGCAUCUGAACAAAGGUUCACACGCGCGUUCAAGGCGGCUGACGCUUCCAGAGGACUUGCCCGAGACUCUUGGGGUUCCACGCCCCACUGGCGGGCGCCUCUUUACCGCUCAGAUGUUGCCUGUCAGUGCUAACGAUUGAAGAUCCAGGUUGCUUCUGGGUUGUUAUAAAAGGAUCUAGUCCCCUUUUAGAUCAUGAUGUUGACUAUCAAAAACUAAAUAGUUCCAUGAAUGACUUCUAUAACAGCAUGUGUCAAGAUAUAGAAAUAAAACCAUUAAUGUUGGAAGAAGGGCAGGUUUGUGUGGUUUACUGUCAGGAGCUAAAGUGCUGGUGCAGGGCCAUUAUUAAAUCAAUCAUGUCCUCAGCAGACCACUACCUGGCAGAAUGUUUCCUUGUGGAUUUUGCUAAGUACAUUCCAGUAAAGUCUAAAAACAUCCGAGUCGCAAUAGAGUCUUUUAUGCAGCUUCCCUAUAGAGCAAAAAAAUUCAGCCUGUACUGCACAAAACCUGUCACUUUACACAUUGACUUCUGCGAAGACAGUGCUGAAAUUGCACCUGCCAAGAAGUGGGACAGUGCGGCUAUCCAGUAUUUCCAGAACAUUCUAAAAGCCACAACCCAGGUGGAAGCCAAAUUGUGUGCUGUGGAAGAAGAUACUUUCGAGGUUUACCUCUAUGUAACCAUAAAAAAUGAAAAAGUUUGCGUUAAUGAUGAUCUUGUCGCAAAGAACUUCGCUUGUUAUAUAUCACCUACAGAGAAUAAAAGCCUUGAUUAUUUAGAGAAACCAAGAUUGAAUAUAAAGUCAACGUCCUUCUCCAAUAAACUCAAUCCAGCACUUACACUUUGGCCAAUGUUUUUGCAAGGAAAAGAUUUUCCAGAAAUAGAAAACUCACAUGGCUUAAACUUUCUGGCACGGUCUCUCCAGCAUACAUGGCGCAAGGGUGUUGUUGGCGACCUGGGGCCAACUCCUGCAAUACCGGAUAAAGCUAUAAAAUGUAAUGCGGAUUCAUUGAGAGAUUCACCAAAAGAUAAAUCUGAAAAGAAACAGCAUUGCAGCUCUUUAAAAGAUAUAAAUAAGUGUGUUGCAUCUUCAGCAUACUGGCCAACAAAAAGAGGUAUUACCAUAUAUGCUGAUCCAGAUAUACCAGCAGCAAGCUCUUUAAGUCAGAAGCCAAAUGAGAAGCCACUUAGAUUGGUGGAGAAGAAAGAAUACGAUGAGAAGAAUGGUUGCGUGAAAUUACUACAGUUUUUAAAUCCUGAUCCUCUGAGAGCUGAUGGAAUCUCUGAUCUGCAGCAGUUGCAGAAGUUGAAGUCGGGCGUGCAGCCUCCGGUCGUGGUGCUCCGAAACAAGAUCGAGCCUUGCCUGACCGUGGACACGUCACCACUCUCAGCAGACUUGAAAAAGGCUCUUCAAAGAAAGAAAUUUCCGGGACCCAGCCACACGGAGUCUUACUCUUGGCCUCCCAUAGCGCGAGGUUGUGACGUGGUUGUCAUUUCUCACUGUGGAAACGACCCUUUGCUGUACCUCCCGCCAGUGCUCACCAUUCUGCAGACGGGGGGCUGCUACAAGUCCCUCCCGAGCAGAAACGGACCUCUUGCAGUCAUUGUAUGCCCUGGAUGGAAAAAGGCCCAGUUUAUUUCUGAAUUAUUGGAAGACUAUACCAUGUCCUCCAGGCCUCUUCGUCCUGUGUUAUUAACAAUCGGACUCCACAAAGACGAAGCCAAAAAUAUGAAGCUUCCGAGGGGCUGUGAUGUGAUCGUUACAACACCACACAGCCUCCUGAGACUGCUCACCUAUCAAAGCUUGCUGUUUCUCAGACUCUGCCACCUGAUUUUGGAUGAGGCAGAGGUACUGUUCUUUGAAGCUAAGGAACAGAUGUUUGCUAUAUUAGAUAACUUUAAAAAAAAUAUUGACGUUGAAGAAAGGGAAUCUGCACCACGUCAGAUUGUUGCAGUUGGAGUUCAUUGGAGCAAACAUAUAGAGCAUCUGGUCAAAGAGUUCAUGAGUGACCCCUACAUCGUGAUCACAGCCAUGGAAGAGGCUGCUCUCUACGGCAGCGUCCAGCAGGUAGUUCACCUUUGCCUAGAAUGUGAAAAAACCUCUACUUUACUCCAGACUCUUGAUUUCAUUCCAAGUCAGGCUCAAAAGACCUUGAUCUUCACCUGCUCUGUAGGUGAAACAGAAACAGUGUCUAAGGUAGUAGAAAGCAAUUCAAUAUUUUGCUUGAAAAUGCAUAAAGAAAUGGUUUUUGACUUAAAAAAUGUUUUAGACCAAUGGAAGAAGAAGUUAAGUUCUGGCUCUCACAUUGUCUUAGCCCUGACCGACGACUGCGUGCCGCUCCUGGGCAUCACCGAUGCCACGUGUGUGAUCCACUUCAGCUUCCCUUCCUCGCCGAAGAUUUUUGGUGGACGCCUGUACUGCAUGUCAGAUCAUUUUCUGAGUUUAACUGAACAGGGUUCUCCUGCAGAACAGGGAGAUAAAAAGACCAAAUCUGUCUUGUUGCUGACGGAGAGAAAUGCAAGCCAUGCAGUUGGCAUCCUGCGCUACUUGGAGCGAGCAGACGCCAAAGUCCCAGCUGAGCUGUAUGAGUUCACCGCGGGGGUUCUGGAAGCCAAAGAAGAUAAGAAAGCCACAAGGCCUCUUUGUCCAUAUCUUAAGGCUUUUGGAUUUUGCAAAGACACAAGAAUCUGUCCUGACCGACACCAUAUUAAUCCAGAAAUGGACAUGCCAAGGAAAUUAUCCACCCAAACCCUACCAAGGUUUGGAUACAUUAAAGUAAUACCUUUUUAUAUUUCGAAUGCAACAAAUUACUUUGGUCGUAUAAUUGAUAAACAUGUGGAUCUUUAUGCAACUCUUAGUGCUGAAAUGAGUGAAUAUUUUAAGGAUUCCAGUAAUGAAACGACUGUCGAGAAAGUGGAGAAAUUUGGAUUGUAUGGAUUAGCAGAAAAAUCACUUUUUCACAGGGUGCAGGUGCUAGAGGUGAACCAGAAGGAAGACACCUGGGCCCCGGACAACGCCCUCGUAAAGUUCAUAGACGAAGGCAGGACUGGACUCGUCGCGAGAGACCAACUGUUGCAUCUCCCAGAAAGUUUCCACGCUCUCCCCCCGCAGGCUGUGGAGUUCAUUGUUUGUAGGGUGAAACCUGCUGACAAUGAGAUCGAAUGGAAUCCAAAGGUUACUAGGUACAUUCAUCAUAAAAUUGUUGGAAAAUUGCAUGAUGCAAAAGUGGUACUGGCUUUGGGAAAUACCGUUUGGAUUGAUCCAAUGGUGCAUAUUACAAACCUUUCAAACUUGAAAACCUCUGUCAUUGACUAUAAUGUUCGAGCUGAAAUUUUGUCAAUGGGAAUGGGCAUUGAUAAUUCAGAACAUACAGAACAACUGAAAAAAUUAUACGAAGGAGCUAAAAUGCCAGCUUUUGAAGAGAACCCAAGCCACACUCCGACACCGCCUCCAGCAGAAGACGUGGCUGGGCUGCAGGGCGCAGAGCAAGGGGACGAGCGUGCGGGGAGAGGAGCCGACCCCGAGACCAACUCAGAGAACCAAAAGCCCGAAACUUUAUCUGAGAACACUGAAGAUGCUUCCAUUAGUGACACUACCCAGCCACAUCCGAAAAGCUUCCACCCACAAAUCAAGUGGUUCCAAAAAGAUGAUGCCGUCAUCUUAAAGAUAAGACUAAGGAAUGUAAAAGAUUACAAAUGUAAAUAUUUUAGAGAUAGAGUUGUCUUCAGUGCCUGGGUGGGAGACAAAUUUUACUCAGCUGAUAUGGAGCUACAGGCUAACAUAAUAAAAGAUGACUGCAAAUGUGUAAUUAAACACGAUGAACCUAUCAUUACUCUGGCAAAAGAGCGAAGAGAACCUUGGUGCCGCUUACUCAAGCAGAGGAACCCUAAUGUGACUUUUGAUUUUGAUCACUGGGAAGACUGUGAAGAGGACAGCCACUUCUCCAAGGUUGUAAGUUCUAAAACCCUGCCCUACAAAGUGACGGAGAUGGGUGAAAGCAGUCCCUCGACUUCAGAGGAGGAGGAAAGCGAGAGUGACUGAGAACGCGCCGUCCGUCCCGAGCAGCCGGAAGACGUCGAACAGAAACGGACGUUGCCACAUAACAGGGAGUGAGCGAACAAUGACAGCCAGACCUUUUCACCUGGUGCCAGGACUGGUGAUGGUGAGAAAGUCUUAGUGGGCUUUAAAGCGAGCUGGUAAGAAGACGACUGUGGAAGGA